CUGAAGAUUCGCAUUUCACUCUCCUUAUCAAAGAGAAAGUAACACACUACUGACUGACUGAUUCCGUGUGUUAUGGACGCUCCAAAUCCCAAGCGACCUUGCCAGGAGCCUUCCUCCUCCGCCACCCUCCGCAUCGCUCCAGGUUUCAACCAAAGCGACGUGGACACGACGAUCUCCUCUUUCCUUUUGCUGUCGGACUUGCCUCUCUUCUCCUCCUCGCCACUCUCCAUCUCCUGCUCUUUCGAUCGAGUCCUCGAUAAAGCUGUUAAGAUCCCGACUUCCACUGACGCCUCCGAUCGUUUCCUGGAUCGCACUCUCCAGCUUGCGUCGCUUCUCCACAACUCCGCCAAGCGCUGCAUCAGGAAGCGCGCCACCCUCCAUAACUCUCUCUCCUGGCCUCUCCUCCCUGAACUAACCACCAAGGUAUUUUCGAUGCUUGAUACCAAGUCUCUAAUGCAAGCUUCUGUAUGCUGCACGAUGUUUAACAAGUGUGCUAUGGACCGUGUUUGUUACUCCCACAUCGACCUCACUAUGGCUGCCAACAAUGUUGAUAAUGGUGUUGUCUGUAUUAUGAUCCAUCGUGCUGGUAAAGAACUCAGAUCCCUCAAACUUGGUUGUGUUUCCCGGUCAAUAUCUGUGCUUACAAGAUCUUGUCUUGCUCCACUCUCUUUUAAUCACGGUUUUGCUGGGGGUCUCUUGAGAAGCCUACACCUUUACAAUCUUGUGCUCAUGCCUGCCAAGACCUUGUCUGCUGCGUUGUCAGUCUGUGCUAAUCUCACUGAUCUCAAGGUUAUUGGAUUUGUUUCCGGUGAUAAGGUGAAUCCAGUAGAGCAUUUAGCGCCAAUCACUAGGAAUUGUCACUUGAUUGAACACUUGUUCUUAAAGAACUGUGGCGCAGCAGACCCUGCAACAUGUUCAACCGUGGUAGAGUUUGUGAAUAAUUGCCCCAACUUGAGCUCGCUUACUCUCUUACAAUUUGGGGUAAUCGACGCAAUGGCCCGAACUAUAAUUAUGGGUUUUCGUCAACUUAAGUACAUAAAUCUGUCUGGAACUUUUGGAAUUAGUGGGUUCUUUUUGAGGGAUUUGGGAGUUAGCUGCAGAGACAGUCCACUCCAGACUCUAUUGUUGUGCGACUGCUAUCAUCUAAAAGAGAGAGAAGUGUUGCUGUUUUUGAAUUCACUACUUGCGGGAGACUUCAAAUCAAUUCGGUACAUUGACAUAUCAAGCAAACACGGUUUAGUGUCUGAUGAUGGGAUUGCAAGUUUUGAACCAAAGUUUCCUAUUGAGGAGCUGGAGAAACAAAAACCGGGUCUCACAUUUGUGGCUAUUUUUCCAGCACCACCAUCACCAUCAUCGUCAAGCUCGGAAUUAUAUACCGAAAGUACAUCUUCUUCCGGGAGUUCUUAUCACAGCUACGGUGAGGAUGAGGAGGGGAACGACGACUCAGGGUAAUAUUAAACCAGGGACUGUCUGACGUACAUAAAGGCUAUUUGACAUGAUGUUUCCAUUUCGUUGUAUAUUACUUUUAUUUUGUCAUGUCGUUACUAAACCAAUCGUAUUUGCUGAAGCAUUUGUUUGUAAUGUUUUUAAACCACAUCCUAAGUGAAUGUAGGUCAAUUUUCUAUGAAACAUCCAAAUUGGAGUUUCGUGCCUUCA